CUGGCAAUGAAGAAGUUUUCCAAGAUCUUGUCGCGGCGGCUGGGGCGAUCUGGUGGGGAUGAUCAUCACCGCUGGGACGCAGGACUGCAGUCAGGGUUAGAUUUCCACCAGCUUACAUCCAGGCGGUGGCGGAGCGGCGAUGAUGGCUUGGCGAUGAAUGGCGAGAACCACAGUCGGAUAUUUACAAAAGAGGACGCGGGACAGCUAUGUGAUGUUUGCGAGGCAAUCGAUUUCCCGAGGCUGUUGGAUUGGAAGCCUGGAGAUGCAAGACCAUGGGAUGAGAGGCGGAGGAGGCGGAGGCGGGAAGGGAAUCUAUGCCCCUGGUGUGUCUUUUUCCACUCCAUGAUCACCACAGUACCGGAAGGAGAUGAAAAUGGCGGCGCAGAUGGAAGGGAUGGCAGGGCUAUGAAAACCAAGUUUACCCCGUAUCUGCGCAUUCGCUUGGCAUUUGAGCGGCUUGGCGGUGGAGAGAAGCAUCCGCUAGCAAAAUCAGUGCUCUUCGAAGUGACAACUAGGAAUCGGUCUCUUCCGUGGGGUUACAUUGUUAGGGCUACACCUGCUCUAGAGGCUGAUAAGCAGAAUGGCCAUGCCGCGGCAAAUGGGAAAGCCAAACGACGAGAGGAGACAAAGGUCAUCUGGGGAAGGGAGAUAAACCCCCUCCUCCAUCUCGACCUCGCAAAGAGCUGGAUCAACUUCUGCAACGAGAAUCAUGCUACAGGGCCCUGUGCCGUCAAGGAUAGAGCCUUGGUAAAGGGACUGAGGCUGAUUGACUGCGAAGAGAAUAGAGUCGUUCUUGCGGAGAAUCUAUCCACACCGACUCCCCACGACAAACCCCAGGACGCCGAAUGUCAGAGCAUCACUCCUAGCCACAACAACAGCAUCAUGCAUCAGAAUCUGGACUAUGUUACACUCAGCUAUGUAAUGGGGACCUAUCGCGAGGAUGACGAUGAUAACAGCGAUGAUGAACACCUGCCACGCAGACUUCCAAAGGCCGUUACCGAUGCCAUUUCCACCACCAAGGCCCUCGGAUACCGCUAUCUAUGGGUGGAUCGAUACUGUAUUCCGAGAAAGGGAGACACAAAGGGGGCAUCAGAACGCCAGCGGCAGCUCGAUCUUAUGGGCCAGAUAUAUAGCCACUCGGCACUAACGCUCGUUGUCGCCGCGGGAGAAGGGGUUCGCGAUGGUAUUACCGGAAUCAGCGCGCCACGCGAAGAGCAGCUUUCAAUCCAGACUGAGUCCGACCUCUUCACUACUUCUCUUCUUCGCCCGGAUCUAGAGGUGGCUUCAUCGAUAUGGGCGUCUCGCGCAUGGACUUACCAAGAGGGUCUUUUGUCGCGACGACGGCUCGUCUUUACGCCCUCGCAGGUCUAUUUCCAAUGUCAGGCAUUACACUGUCACGAAAGCCUCUCUCUUCCUCUGAAAUACGCACCCGGAUUGAACUUUGGUCGUGUCUUUCCCUCUUCUAUCGACGACGCUCUUCAGCCUAACAGAUUUAAGAAUCAUAUCAAAGCCUACCUGGCCAAGAGCAUUAGUAACACCGACGAUCGCCUAGACGCAUUCAGGGGCCUGCUCCAUGAAUACUCUGCGCGAGAAAAGCUGCCAGUAGAGAAUCUCCUCGGCCUGCCACUAUUCCACCCGGACGAUUUCACAAAACACAAGGUUGUCAGCCAAACGGACCGCCUCGCCAUCGCCCUUGGCUGGAUGCCCAACCGCCAACUCCCUUCUUCAUCCGUAUCCUCCUCCUCCGCCACCUCAUCCCACGACGACCUUGUCUAUAGCCCCGUCACCGACCCUUACUCCCUCAUCGACAACCCCAACCCGUUCCCCUCAUGGUCUUGGCUCGCAUGGCGCCUCAACCAGACGACGUACAGCUACAGCACCCCCGGCUACUCCUUCAACUUCAACCUUGUGGACGACGCCUCUCCACUGCUUGAUCGCGUAUCUGCGCCGCCGGGCAUGGAGAUCUCUGUCGGUUUCAGCGACGGCAUGGUCCUCUCAUGGGAGAUUGAUGGCGACGCCAUUGCCCGCAAGGCCGACAAGAUCGAGAUGCUCCGCCUCAAGACCUUCUGCUUCGACCUCACUGUCAAGAAAGCCGCCGCCGGCCUGGGCGCGAAAUAUGGCUUUUCUCUAGACGAGCCUGUGGCCUCCGCGCUGGGCAAAUCCGCCACCGACUCCAUUGAGUCCUGGAUCCGGCGCUCGUCCGUCACUGUCUUGUCUGUCUCCGCGGACGACGUGCCGGCUGGCCAGGAGUACUCGCUCGUCGGAGUGCUGGUAUCUGGGCGGCAUUGGAAGCCUGAUAGCACGGUGCAGCAGCAUCAUGGCCAUCAUCAUCGCUCGACGGCUCCGACGGCGGCGGCGCCUGCCUCAACGGCGAUGGCUACGGUUUUGAUAUGCAGGCGCGCGAACUGGGAUCCCGAAGGCCGUUUGCUUCGUCUUGGAGCGCUGAACGUGGCGUAUGACGGCCUGGUUCCUGCGGCAGACGAGAGUGAUGCGUCGAUUAUGAAGGGAAUUGACACAAGGGUCAGUGGGGAGAAGAAGGAUUUGAGAGUGAGGCUGCGGGAGUUGGACAUUUACUGAAACGAAAGCGUUUUCCUCAUUUUCCCUGUCUCUUGUUUCUCUAUUUUCUCUCUAUCUAUGGAGUAAUUUUGGUGAACCUGUGUGUGUAUUUACGGGAGAAUGGCGUGGUUGUAUGGAAGACUGGUGGAAGGCUAAUAGCGUGUCUGGCUGGACUGGUUAAUUGAUUUUGUUUUAUAUACAUGUAUUUGUAUAUAUGAAAAUUUACGUAUACGGACGGAUUGUUGUUACGUUGAUACGUUGAUCGUUAUACAUGGGAAAAAUAGAAAAGUAAUGAACGGCGCUUCAAUGAAUACCAUUAAAUUAAU